CGUCCUUGUCAUAGGACGUAUUUUGGUCGGCGCCAGCCGCACGUGUGGUUCGCUGUUUACUUGUUAGAGUCAUUGACACGGUUGACACACAUUCCGUGAGUGACGGCUCAACGGGACGGUUAUUUCGCGAGUGAUUCUCGUCUUAUCAAUCUCGUUCGUAUUACACUGAUAACGGUACGCGGCUCGCGGUCACUUCCGCAGAGCUGCUGUGUGUAUAUAUACAGUGACGACGGUCUGUGCAUAUAAUGUAGUUAUGUGAUUGUAAUAUGUAUUGUAAUAUUUCCGCUGCCAAAAUUCCCUGUUAUAUGUAUAUACGAUCAAUGUUUAUUUUUCCCGAUACGUGAAUGCCAUCAGCGCGCCUCGAUGACUAUUUGGUAUCGAUUAUUUUUUUUGCGCGUCGCGGACGUCACUAAUCACGUUACAUGAGAACCCCCUUUCACUUUUUUUUUUAAAUAUCGAAUCAUCGAUUCGCCAAUCGGCUUUAGUGUCGAAUAGUCAUUCUAAAUUCAAAUGUCUAUAAUAUAUGUUUCAUAUUAUAGACGAGUGAAAAUUUUCACGGACACAUCUGCCCGUUUUAUUUAUAGUACUGUUUGAUUUGUGCCCGUAGUCCGUAGCUCGGCUACAUAUAUAACGCCAUGUACACUAUGUCCGCUAACAAUAUAUAAGGCGUGUGUGUGUGUGUGUGUUGCGUCCUAACAAUGUUAUAUAUGUAUGUGUGUGUGUGUGUAAUGAACGCUCUAUGUGCUGAGAAACAGUAAAAAGUAUGGCGCGCGAGCGCACUGAGCGGCAACACCGCACGAGGCCGACGCCGGUGAAAACAAUGACUUUUAUUACUUUACGUUAUUUAACAUUCUAAUUUAUUAUACAUAGAAUAUUUUAUAUAACUAAAAUGUCUCUAUAUACGUUAUUGACGUGAUUAACGUUAGAAAUAUUGAAAUUAUUUCGUGUCAGUAAAUAUGAUAAGUGUUUUUUCAACGUUUGAUCCGUGAUGUACGUAAACAAUAGCUAAGUAAUUGUAUCAUAAAAAGCCAUAUACCUAGUACGAGCUGUUAACCUUUGAGUACGGCUCCGAGCACUGGCCAGCUGACGCGAUGUUGCCGCUCCGUGCAGCAGACCUGGCAUCACCUUAUCGCCCUUACUGCCUCAUCAUAAGAUGCAAAGUCGCGUACCCUCAUAUACAUAAUGUAUGUGUCUUAGCUAGACGACACUUGCCGCGCAAAAUUCAAACAGCCUUUUAUCAGUUACAACCAACAGAACGCUUCCAUGACUCGGAUGUGAUUCAUUAUAUUAAAUAAAAUAAAAAAAUAAAAAACAAGUGAAAAUUAUAUAUAUAUAUAUAUUACAAUUGGUGAAAUAGUUCUAGUGAAGUGAGUGAGUGUCCGUUAGGUUGAGGUUAAAAGGUUGGUAGAUCCGCGCUAGAUGGCGCGGUAACAAAGUGGCCUACAUGCCCGUGGCGCUGGGCUCGCUCGGCGAGGGCGAGUACCGGGAGUACCACCACCACUCGCCUCUUCAUCAUCAGAACCAGCACCAGCACCAGCCCCAGUACCAUGAGUACGGAGCUAUAUACCAUCCCAUACCGGAGCCCUACUUUAGAAGGCAUGCUCCGUACUUCGGACAGCCAGACUACAGAGUAUAUGAACUCAACAAGAGAUUACAACAGAGGACCGAGGACUCCGACAACUUGUGGUGGGAUGCCUUCGCCACUGAGUUCUUCGAGGACGACGCGACGCUCACACUGACAUUCUGUUUAGAAGAUGGACCCAAGAGAUACACAAUAGGAAGAACCUUAAUACCUCGCUACUUCCGGAGUAUAUACGAAGGUGGUGUCUCCGAGCUGUACUACACCAUGAGGCAGCCCAAGGAGUCCUUCCACAACACCAGCAUCACGCUGGACUGCGACCACUGCACCAUGGUCACCCACCACGGCAAGCCCAUGUUCACCAAGGUUUGUACGGAGGGCCGCCUCAUCCUGGAGUUCACCUUCGACGACCUGAUGCGCAUCAAGUCGUGGCACAUGGCGGUGAGGGCGCACCGCGAGCUGAUACCCCGGCAGGCGGUGCACCCCCCCGACCACGCCGCCCUGGACCAGCUGGCCAAGAACAUCACCCGGCAAGGCAUCACCAACUCCACACUCAACUAUCUCAGGCUGUGCGUGAUCCUGGAGCCCAUGCAGGAGCUGAUGUCUCGUCACAAGGCGUACGCGCUCUCCCCCAGAGACUGCCUCAAGACCACGCUGUUCCAGAAGUGGCAGAGGAUGGUCGCCCCGCCCGAGUCCCAGAGGCCGGCCAGCAAGCGGCGCAAACGUAAAGGCAGCGCCGGAGCCAACGCCGCUCCCCCCGCGCCCGCCAAGAAGCGAUCCCCCGGACCCAACUUCAGCCUCGCCUCACAGGACGUGAUGGUGGUCGGCGAGCCGUCGCUGAUGGGCGGGGAAUUCGGCGACGAGGACGAGCGGCUCAUCACCAGGCUGGAGAACACGCAGUACGAGGGCGACGACUGGCCCGCCCCGCCGCCCGCCUCGCCCGCCAAGACCCCGCCGGCCAACCACUGAUAAUAUACAUUAACAUAGGAGAACAGCUUUCAUUUACAAAACCCGGCCGCCGGGGUGGUGGGGGCUCCAGCUCCAGCGGCGACCGGCCGCCGCCAUCACCCCCGGCCGCCUCAGGUCGCAGCUGGUGACGGCGCGGACGAGUCAAUGGAUUUGUUAAAUAAUAAUGUAAAUAAAGAGAUUUCGAUUUGAUAUUAACUGAACCGUAGCGGAUAGUGCGCCGGGACCAGCGCCGCCGGGACCAGCGCCGCCGGCCGGGGCGCGGGGCCGGAUGCUGUGAUGCGGACUAGCAAGGCACGUGUAAAUAGUUGACAUAAAGUAUUAUGACGGAACAA